GUCACCGUCAUCUACAAUGAUUGUUGUCGGACCCGGGGCCUCUCCCCCGGUACCCCGGCCAACUGAUUCAGAUGCCAGCUCUUGGCGGCCUCCUUCCGCAACUUCGUCCCCUACCGUGCAUAUGAACGAUUUAGAAUUAGGGUUUUUGAAUUUUUCCUGAGCAACACCUAGCAGCACAUCUUCACCCAAGUCAAAAAGGAGAAAGGAACUUAGUCAUCCUCUUUUGUGAACAUAUUGCAAACUAUGAAUAUUUUGUUACAGAUUAUCGUGAGGAGAUUCCAUUCAUGGAUCUAUCAUGUUUGAUAUAGAUCCAUCUUCGCAUCGAUCUCAUAUAUGUCUAUUGAGUUCAUUGAUAUUAUACUCCUUUAAUUAGGAGGGAAAUCCUUAUCUUGCAUUGUCAGAUCUGUUGCAUUGUACCCAAUGACUUUCCACUUGGUGCACUCUUUAACACCAUCGGGCAUUGUAUCAAAGUAUGGACACUGAGAUGUAGUAAUUUCUGAUAAGCUCAACUCUAGGAAUUCUCACUUAAAACAUUGUGAUCACAUUAUAAGUUCCCCUGUAAAUAGGUAUCCAUAUCUCGUAUCUUAACUGCGGAUCAGUCCACCAUUUUGAUUGAACACCAUGUAACACAUAUGCCUAUGUGUCAAGUCACAUCAACAUAAUAAAUAGUUGUAUUUGCAUACUAUGUUGAUCGAUCUUAUAUUAGGGAUUGAAAAACGAAUUGAAAAAAAGGCGGGAAAAGAACGAGGAAGAAGAUGACACAACGGAAAACAGCUUAUGUUCUUCUCCUCACUCAGAUACGGGUUUAGUUCCUAACACGCUAAAAAUCAACACCAAACUGCGACCAAGUGUAAUCGCAUUCCGGAAAUGUAGAAUAGUGGCAAGUUCUAUUUAUCAACCCGAGGUCUAUAUCUACUGCCUACUCCGUGAUUAUCUAUUAUCUAGCAGACUAAGUUGAGUGAAUGUGAUUUUAAGCAAAAGCAGUAAGAAAGUAUGAAAUGGUUCGAAGUUCUUAAGCAGGGGAAGAGUCACUCGGGAAUGAGUCCCCCUAGCUCCUUAGUUAGGUCAAAGUUGUAAUUACCUUUGGUUGAUUUACUGUUGAUUAAACUGCGGAAGAUCCGACAGUAGCUUUGAAUCUCUUAAGCUGACCAAGCCUUCUCAGACAGACUACCCGGCAGACAACUAGUCUUCACCGGGAUAGAACGCUGAGGCAGUUAACAUAGAACUCCACUACUGGAAUUGGAUUCCAGUACAAAGAUGUGAAUCGACUAACUCUCGUAUAAGCGAUUCACUACUACUGAUUGAAGGAGCUCUAACAAGGAGCCCAACAGGCAAAGAAAUGUGUGAAAUCGAUGAGCUCGAACCCCCUUUUUGAGAGCUCGUCGAUAGUAGAAGAUACUCCGAAUCAAGAGUCAGAGCCCAUGCAAGGAGAGGACUUCUCUCCGCAAAGCCGCGAGGGCCAGCAGCAUUCGACGUUUUGGACGUCGGGCCCGCAUAAGCUUUUUAGCGAAGUUCUCGUUGAGGAUUUAUAGUAUAUAGCCGAAUCAGAUUCCGAAGACGUCGCAGCUGCGAUGAAGGAGGAUGGUAUGGAUGAUGAAAUCCCAGAGGAUGACGAUCCGAGAUGUCCAACCAUACCUUUCAAGGCGAUGGAGAAGCAGCGAUACCAUCGCAAAUGACGUUCUGCCUUGAUUGUUAAAGCGUUGGGUAGGUCCUUUCCAUUUCAGGUUGUCUCCUGAAGGCUGGAGUCAUUAUUGGCAAAGUUUAUCACGGGGUUUCUACGUUGUCCCAUUUACUAGCCAAAUGGACUAUGAACAGACUGCGGCAGGAGGUCCUUGGAUGAUUGGUGGGCACUACCUGACUGUCCGGCCUUGGAGGAAGGGAUUCAAUCCCAAGACUGCUGAAGUGGCAUCGACCAUGGUGUGGGCACGGUUCACAGGGAUUCCAAUUGAAUUCAUUAACACGGAGGUUGUGGAGCGUAUCGCCUCCAAGAUUGGUCGCCCCGUCAAAGUGGAUCGACCUACUCAGAAUGGGGAUAUGGGAAGAUUUGCUCGCGUUUGUGUCGAAGUUUAUCUUACUAAUCCCCUCCUCUCGCAGUUUAAGAUAGAAGGGUUGACAUACUGUAUUGAGUUUGAAGGGUUGCAUCAAAUCUGCACUGAAUGUGGGCGGUACGGACAUACAGUUAAGACGUGCCCUUCCCUUUUCAAGCAACCAGAGAAGCAACUAGAGAAGGAGCAAAUAGAGUUGGAGGAGGCUGCUCCUAAGGCGCCGAACCCGCCUAAGGUUUAUGUGGAAUGGAUGGUAGCCAAGCCACGGUCACGAAAAUCGGUGAGCAAGCGCACUGAUAUUACUAAAAUUGGCCAGACACAACCUCCUCAAUCGUCAAGGCCUAGCUCGGGAACCCGCUUUGAUGUCUUAGUGGAGGAGGAAGAGGAGGAGGAAGAGGAGGAGGAGAUUGGCACUCCGGGGACAGAAGUACUAGCACAAGACGGUUUACAAGGGGAGGUGAUGAUGACUGAUAUCACGAUAGUUGAGGCACCCCGUGUCUCUACCUCGGAGAAACCUGUAGAAGUGCCUGACUCGGGUGUGGUCCAGGUGGCUAAUGCCAAGGCAUCUAUGCUCACGACUAAGACGAUUGAUAAACUGGUUACGGUACCCGUGAUCCAAUCGGUGGCCUUGCCUAAAGAGGUGAGUAGCAACGGGAUGAAACAUAACAAAGGACAGGGAAAGAAGAGAGGUGAAACUAGGGGUGGCAGUUCGGUUUCCGCUUAGCAACUAAUCGGUUGGUUCAACCGAUAACCGCCGAUUAGCGGCUAAACAAAAACCGACAUAUAUC